ACUGAAAAAAUUUUACCACAAAAUUUAAAUGAUGUGAAUGAAAUAAUAUUUUAUUUCAAUAAAGGCAUGAACUUUUGCACUGAUCCAUUAUUGCCUUAUCAUGCAUUAUUUGUUAUUUUAAUGCACUUUCAUUUGCAAUUAUUACUAAUUGAAGCAAACGGUUAGACGUUUGAGUUCCAGGGUACAGACUCUCAACGCCUUUCUCUAUACUCGCGGCGAAUUAAAAUCGAGAAAGUGACGACAUAUCCAACGUACGUAAAGUGUAGUAAGUACUUUCGUUGAGGAACACACCGUGGUGAUUCCUCCACAGAGCAUGGAGAAUUCGUACCGUUAACCAAUGGAGGGAGAUUUCGAAGUGGGGAGUUCACCUUAGUUAGAUUGUGUGGUCUCGAUUUACCAAGAGUCUCGUUCACCACGUCCUCGUGGUGCAUCCGUUUCAUUUUAAAAUCAGCCAAAUAACUCGUUCCUAAAAAAUAUUCUCUUAGUCGUAAAGAAAGUUGUUAGAAACUAUUUUAAAUUAAUUUAUAAUGCUGUGACAACCGAGUCCGAUCUGCUAGUGCCGUUGACGAAAUCUAUAACGGGAUAGCUGAAACAGAAGGUGAAGGAGAAAGGCUUUCAAAUGCGCUCCAGAAUGAAUCAACAAGUACAAUUCGCCUUGAUACGUCAACUUUCACGUACAAAGGACAAUCUUCGAAGAGGUUUAUGUUCAGGUGCAGUGGCUUCGACAAGAGAUUGCACGGUCGACCAUGAUGCAAUUCAAGCGCGGUCCUACGAGGAAAUACCGGGGCCGAAACCGAUACCAAUUUUAGGGAAUACCUGGCGGCUGUUCCCGGUGAUCGGCCAGUAUCAAAUAUCAGAUACCGCCAAAGUGUCGCAAAUGUUUUAUGACGAAUACGGGAAGAUCGUACGUUUAACUGGUUUGAUAGGUCGACCGGAUUUAUUGUUCGUUUACGAUGCUGACGAGAUCGAGAAGAUCUACAGGCAGGAGGGACCGACGCCGUUCAGGCCGUCGAUGCCGUGCCUCGUGCACUACAAGAGCGUCGCCAGGAAGGAGUUCUUCGGGGACUUACCAGGCGUCGUCGGAGUUCACGGCGAACUAUGGCGAGAAUUUCGUACGAGAGUACAGAAACCUGUUCUGCAACCCCAAACAGUUAGGAAAUAUAUAACACCCAUCGAGACGGUCACCUCUGACUUUAUAAAAAGAAUCCAGGAGAUCAAAAGAGAAGAUGAUGAACUUCCCGGGGAUUUUGAUAAUGAAAUACAUAAAUGGGCUCUAGAGUGUAUAGGUCGCGUCGCUCUGGACGUGCGAUUAGGGUGCUUAGAGGGUAAUCUGGCUCCGGAUUCGGAACCCCAAAAGAUUAUAGACGCGGCGAAAUUCGCUUUGAGAAACGUGGCCGAACUUGAAUUAAAAGCUCCUUACUGGAGAUACGUACCUACUCCGCUUUGGUCGCGAUACGUCCGAAACAUGGAUUUUUUUGUCGAAGUUUGCAUGAAGUACAUCGAUGCAGCAGUUGAGAGACUGAAAACCAAGAAGACGGUGGAUGAGUCCGAUUUAUCUCUCGUCGAAAGAAUUUUAGCUAAGGAAACCAAUCCCAAAAUGGCUUACAUACUUGCGUUAGAUCUGAUCUUAGUUGGAAUAGACACAAUUUCUAUGGCUGUUUGCUCGAUAUUGUAUCAAUUAGCUACUAGGCUUGAAGAACAGGAGAAGAUUUAUCAGGAACUCGUAGAAAUUCUACCUGAUCCGUCUGUACCUCUCACGACAAGUCAUCUAGAUAAAGCUGUUUAUAUGAAAGCGUUCAUUCGUGAAGUUUUUCGAGUCUAUUCCACGGUCAUUGGUAACGGUAGGACGUUGCAACAAGAUGCUAUCAUUUGUGGAUACAAAGUACCGAAGGGAGUACAAGUGGUGUUUCCAACUGUGGUCACAGGAAAUAUGGAAGAAUAUGUAACAGAUGCAAAGACAUUUAAGCCGAUGAGGUGGCUCAAACAAUCGUCGAACGAAACCUUGCAUCCGUUCGCAUCGCUUCCUUAUGGGUAUGGUGCACGCAUGUGUUUAGGUAGAAGAUUCGCUGACUUAGAAAUGCAAGUUUUAUUGGCUAAGUUGAUAAGAUCUUACAAAUUGGAGUACCAUCACAAACCAUUGAAAUACAAUGUCACGUUCAUGUACGCUCCACAUGGAGAGCUCAAAUUCAAAGUACUACCGAGAUAGCUAUUAAGCAAUUAAUACAAAUACAAACGAAUAAA